CAUGGAGACAUGGCGGAUUUUAUUACGGCGUUCAAAUUGAAGACGAAAUGGGCUCGAUCGAGCAGCUUAAAAGUGAAGUUGAACGCCUAAGUAGUGAACUACAGCAAGCCUGUCUAGAAAAGGUCCAAGCUGCUGAAUAUGGGCUGGCAGUUUUGGACGAAAAACAAAGAUUACAGGAACAAUAUGAUGAGCUUGAGACGGUCUUAGAAUCAAACAAGCAGGAAUUGGAAUGCCUUAGAGAGGUCCAUGAACAGUUGAAACUUGAACAAGAGAAACGAAGUCGCUUUGGGGAUGAUAGGGAGGAGAGUCUAGUAAAAGAGAGUGAAUCAAGAGAGGCUAAUUACCUCCAUAAAAUAACAGAUUUAGAGAGUGAAGUUCGCCAAGCGAGAAAAGCCGAAAGGGAUGCACUCAUUGAAAAUGAAAGACUCUGUAAUCAGGCCUCCAAUUAUGUCAAAGAAAUUGAGCAAUUUGCCCAUAGUAAGAAACUUCUCAGGGAUGAAAUCAGAGAACUCAAGUACCGAGAAUCUAAAUAUUGUCAAGAAUUUAGCGAUCUUGAGGAGGAGAACAUCAAUCUCCAGAAACAAUACUCAACUCUCAGAUCAUCGAUGGUGGAGUUUGAAUCCUUGAAGGUUGAAAACAAGAGUUUGACGGAUGAAAUGGAGUCGUUACAACUCCAACUUCAGGUAGCCUGUGAGAAACGGGAUCAGUAUGAGAAACAGCUUAAUGAGUCACUGGAAUCUUUAAAGGAGCAACGUGACAGAAACUCCUUGCUGCAGAAAGAAUUGCAAGAAAUUCGCCAGCGGCAGUCACCCACAGUUAGUAGUUGGCAUGAGGAAAGCCGGUUUAUUGGCAUUGAAAGUCCUGAGAAGACUGACAAACCUGAACAAGUUGUGGAACAUCCUUUAAUAAAAAGCAUCAUCGAAGAGUACAAACCUGUCCCUGGGUUGGUGGAAGAUCUCAUGAGGGAACUCCAGAUGUCAGAAGUCAAAGAAAUGAGCCACAAGCUUGAACAGCUGAGCAGUGAGAAAACUGAGCUCACCAAUGCCUUGGCUAAAAAAGAGAAGGACGUCUUGAAGUUGAAGGAAGAAUUUGACGCCAUCCAGACUCUGACUGAAGCAAAGGUUCUGUGUGAAACAUUAGAUGACAGCGAUGAUGGAGUUGAAGAGAGAGAAGCUUUUAAUUCAAAGAUAAACAAUCAAUUGAAAGAACUUGAAGAGGUGAAAAAACUCUUGAAGAGCUACCAGAUGAAAGAUAACAAGUCCCAAGCUGUGAUCAAAGAAUUGAAAAACGAGGUAGAUGGCUUGAGAGCAAAAGGGGCUAGCUUGCAAACAAAAUCUGAUGAGGCAACGUUCCUAACAAAGAGAGUCAAGGAGCUUGAAGAGGAGUUGUUAAAUUUAAAGAACAAAGGCAUUGAAUCUGAAGAAUUGAUUAAGAACCUUCAAGAAGAUGUUAAGUCUAUGAGUGAUCUUGCUGGAAAUGCUCAGGGAAGUCUGAACUGCACCCAAGAUGAACUGAAAUACGUCAGUGAAGAUCUGCAGCGGCUUUAUAGUCAUGUUUGCUCAGCAAAUGGAGAUCACCCAGCCAAUUCAUUCACCAGAAAAGAAAAGCAGGAAAAGGCAUCAAAUUCAGCAUCGCAAAUGGAAAGAAAUACGGCAGAUUCGACAACAAAAGAAAGUUCUGCGGAAGUGCGUCAGUCACCAAUGGGAAGUGAGAAUCCAAAUGAGACCAUGGAAAGAGGAGACCCUUAUUCCUGUUACAGAUUGAUCAGUUCUGUGCGUGAUCAAGUGAAGUUUUUGAAACAAGCUGUGGAAAAGACAGUGGAAAUUUCCAAACAGCAUGCACUGGAGUAUCGGGUAGUUGUCAGCGAUGACGAAGCUAGUAGUGGAGAGGACAGUGAUGUUCAAAAGCAGCAAAUUGCAAAGCUCCAAAGUCUACUGACAACCAAGCGGGAACAGAUCACUACGCUGCGGACAGUUCUGAAGGCUAACAAGUCUACCUAUGAGGUGGCACUGGCAAAUCUUAAAAGCCGUUACGAGAAUGAUAAAGCAGUCCAGUCAGAGACAGUAGGCCAGUUGAAGAGAAACCUGAAGGCAAUGAAAGCUGAAGUAUCAACAUUCGCCUCACUUCGCAGCAUGUAUGCCACUCGGUGUGAGGAAUACCUGAUUCAAGUUGAUGAGCUACAACGAAAGUACGCUGCAUCUGAGGAGGAGAAGAAAACUCUUAAUCACCUCCUCAAACAAGCCAUUCAUCAGAAGAUUGAUUUGACACAGAGACUUGAGGAGUUUGAAAUUGCAAGAGAAAGACUGCGUGCUUACACAAGGAAAGGAAGCAAGGCCAACCGGUCAAAACCAGUUACUCGUGUCUAGAGGUUUAUUUUCCUCCCAAAGGUUACCUAUUUUUAAUCAGUAAUUUCCUACAAAUGAUAAUAGAGUUAUACUCUCAGUAACUAUACCUGUAGGUGCAAUGGAGAUAUUAUUAGAUGCAAUGAAAUAUAUGAAGUUCAUAUAUUUUGAACUGCAGUAUUAGAUACGUAUGAUGCACGAUCCUCGCAGUAGA